GACACGGAGCAAUGGAUUCAAACUACAAGAAAGAAGAUUCCACCUAAACAUUAGGAAGAACUUCCUGACAGUAAGCUGUUUGGCAGUGGAAUUUGCUACCAAGGAGUGUGGUGGAGUCUCCUUCUUUGGAGGUCUUUAAGCAGAGGCUUGACAGGCAUAUGUCAAGAAUGCUUUGAUGGUGUUUCCUGCUUGGCAGGGGGUUGGACUGGAUGACCCUUGUGGUCUCUUCCAACUCUAUGAUUCUAUGAUUCUAAGAAUGCAUGCCUUCAAGAUACAAAAUGUAUUCUCUCCGCUCUUCAUAAAGUUACAAAGAGGAAAUGGCAAAAUUUAUACAGGACGAGAGUAGCCGGAGUCCAACGUAUCGUUGGAAGAUGAUGUUGAAAUAUUGCAACGAAACUUUAUUGCUGUGUUCCUUUCAGCUCCACUUCCCCUUGCAGCCUCUCUCCCGUCUUGGGUUAAUCUCCCUACACCCCAAUCAUCAUUUUUUCAUGUAAGACCAGGGGCAACAUCAGCAUUCUUCAGCAUAGGUACUUCUGCAUGACCUAGAAAGCUGAGAGUCCAAGGCAUCCCCGCAUUCCUGGAAGAAUCUCUGUCAGCAGAACACCUCUGGGCUCCUGCAGCUCUUCAGGAUGAUUGAGGAGAGCGGAAAGAGGAGGAGAACGAUGGCAGAGAAGAGGCAGCUGUUUGUGGAAAUGAGGGCUCAGAACUUCGACGUCAUCAGAUUGUCAACCUAUCGGACUGCCUGCAAACUGAGAUUUGUGCAAAAAAGAUGUAAUCUUCACCUUGUGGAUAUCUGGAAUAUGAUUGAAGCCUUCCGAGAUAAUGGCCUUAACACAUUGGAUCACAACACGGAGAUCAAUGUGUCUCGAUUAGAAACCAUCAUUUCCUCCAUCUACUACCAGCUGAACAAACGCCUUCCUUCUACUCACCAGAUCAGCGUGGAACAAUCCAUCAGCCUUCUCCUCAACUUCAUGAUAGCAGCAUAUGACAGUGAGGGCCACGGAAAGUUGACGGUGUUUUCCAUAAAAGCCAUGUUGGCAACCAUGUGCGGUGGAAAGAUUCUGGACAAGUUGAGAUAUAUCUUCUCUCAAAUGUCGGAUUCCAACGGCCUGAUGAUAUUUUCAAAGUUUGACCAGUUUCUGAGAGAGGUUCUGAAACUUCCCACAGCUGUGUUUGAAGGGCCUUCCUUUGGGUACACGGAAAACUCUGUGCGGACGUGUUUCUCCCAGCAGAAAAAGGUCAUGCUAAACAUGUUUUUAGACACGUUAAUGGCUGACCCACCGCCCCAGUGCCUUGUGUGGCUACCUCUCCUGCACAGACUUGCCCACGUUGAAAAUGUCUUCCAUCCGGUGGAGUGUUCUUACUGCCGCUGUGAGAGCAUGAUGGGCUUCCGCUACCGAUGCCAGCAGUGCCACAACUACCAGCUCUGCCAGAACUGCUUUUGGCGCGGCCACGCAAGCGGCCCUCACAGCAACCAGCAUCAGAUGAAGGAGCACUCCUCUUGGAAAUCGCCUGCCAAGAAGCUGAGCCAUGCCAUUAGUAAAUCUCUUGGUUGUGUACCCAGUCGAGAGCCUCCUCACCCCGUGUACCCGGAGCAGCCAGAGAAGCCCCUUGACCUGGCCCACACAGGCCCUUCCCGGCCCCUUGCGAACAUGAAUGAUGCCAUGGUGACCCACAUGUCCUCCGGAGCCCCGACUCCAACGAAAAGGUUGCACUACAGCCCGGCCCCCUCCGACCGGCUUAGGGAUGAGCAUGCCCUGAUCGCAGCCUAUGUGAGCCAGCUCCAGAGUGGUGCACGCAGCGUCCUGGACAGUCCCAGCAGGCUGGACGAGGAGCACCGACUCAUCGCCCGCUACGCUGCCAGGCUAGCUGCGGAAGCUGGAAACGUGCCACGCCCACCCACCGACCUGGGGUUCAACUUCGAUGCCAACAAGCAGCAGCGGCAGCUGAUAGCAGAGCUGGAGAACAAGAACAGAGAGAUUCUGCAAGAAAUUCAGCGGCUGCGGCUGGAGCACGAACAGGCCUCUCAGCCGACACCAGAGAAAGCCCAGCAGAAUCCGACGUUGCUGGCGGAACUGCGGCUAUUGCGGCAAAGGAAGGAUGAGCUGGAGCAGCGAAUGUCCGCCCUUCAGGAGAGCCGGCGGGAGCUGAUGGUGCAACUGGAAGGGCUUAUGAAGCUGCUCAAGGAAGAGGAGCAAAAGCAGGCAGCUCAGGCCGCAGGGUCUCCUCCAACCUCCCCCGGCCACGGGACAGGGCGCUCCAUGCCCAUGCCCGUCCGGUCCACCUCCGCCGGCUCCACCCCAACUCACGGGCCCCAAGAUUCCCUGGCGGGCGUUGGAGGAGACGUCCAGGAAGCGUUUGCACAAGGGACCCGGCGAAACCUCCGUAAUGAUUUGCUGGUAGCAGCCGAUUCGAUCACGAACACAAUGUCAUCGUUGGUGAAGGAGCUUCAUUCGGGUGAGGAAGGCGGUGAGGAGGAGGAAGAAGAUAAGAUUCAGAACGGGAAGGACCGAGGUUAAGCGGAAGACUCCGCCCUGGCCAGCCAUUCAGGUAAAGAGGCGCGAGCUCCUCUUCUCAAGACGUUUCCACAUCCUUCCGACGAGGCGUUGCUCCAGCCGACCGACACAUCUGCCAUUGUCAAGUCGUGAGGACCGCAGCUCGCAGGGAAGCCGCCUCCACUGCCGCCUCUUUCCGACGGACCGUGUGGCAGCCUUCCUGGGGGGUGGGGAGGGAGGGGGCAUCUCCUUUGGUUUGCAUGUCCUGUUUCCAUCCGUGUCCCCCCCCCCAGUGCUUAAUUGGGCAGCACCUCAUCUCAAGUUUGGACGAGAAGACGUUGUCGAGAGCCGCUUCCAGGCAGAGACCGGCCAUGUCUCCUGCGAAGCAUCCUCUUCCCUCCCUGGCAGAGUGGUCACUUCACCACCCAUGGGCCACCACCACACACACACCCGUGCUCUCCAACCCCUCUUGGGGGAAAAAGCAGACUUCUUAUUCCAUGUGGUCAAGUUUCCUUGGGCAAAAUGUGGGUGGAAUGCUCUGUUGCGGAAUGCUCUGUUGCGGAAUGCUCUGUUGCGGAAGCCCCUCUGGCCUUUCCCAUGAAUCUUGGGUUCCCUGGGCCGUUUGCAGGUGCAGCUCACGCAGGACAGGCUGGGAGGCAAGUGGGAUGGAUGGCUCACUGGGAGGCGGGCAAUUCUGGCCUGCAGGGCACAGCCCAUCUGGGCGCCCCCCUCCCCCAUACAAAGCAUAGCCCCCACUUACUUCAACAGUGGUUGCACAGGGAGCAUCCUGGAGGAUGGGCUGCCCUUUGGCUCUUCCCCCCAGAGUCCCCGAAUGUCUUGUGCCGGCUCCAGUGACAAGAGGAGUGGGGCAGAGGGAAGCCCAGCCACCCUGUGGGGAAGCUUCAGGUGGUGAGGCAGCAGCAGCAGCAGCGCAACUCACUCAGUUGACUCGUAGCAUUGGAAGGUCCCCAAAAGGGCAUCUAGUCCACCCCCUGCCAUCCAGGACUCAUAAAAAGCAGCUGGUCUUUGAACAAAGAAGACCCUGGCCUACUUGGGUACUUGGCACCAGAAGCCAGUCUCUCUACCUGCUGGCUUUGUUUGGGGUUUGGAAAGUGGCUCUUAGUGAAUGGGCUAAAGGUGUAAAUGGGCGGGGAGGAGGGGCAACGAAUGAAGGCAGAGCAAUAAUCCCUGGAGCCCAGUUGGCACAGAGUGAGCUGCCCAGCUGCCCUGGCUCUCUGGGGGUGAGGAAGGGGGUGCCCACAUGUCUCUCCAUGUUCCAGAGAGAGAGAGAGAAAACAGCCAUGUUUGCUGGCGAUGUAGUCCAACCAAAAUAUUGUGAAUGGGCUGUCAAGCAAGGAAAGGAGUGUUGAUAACCUGUUGGGGCUGGGGGACUUUGCUCAAGGCGAGAAUCACAGAGCUGUCGAGUUGGGAGGGACCUCCAAAUAGCAUUUAGUGCAACCCCCUGCAAUGCAGGAAAUACAGCUAAAGCAUCCCUGGCCGAAAGGGCUCCUGGCUGUCCUUUGGUGUUGGACUCCGGCCGGUGAGGUGGGGGGGGGGGAGGAAGAGCUGCGUGAAUGUAGAAGAAUCAGCAGUCAGAAAGGAGGGGAUUCGGAGCAGAGCUUUCUCCCGAGUGAUUCUGACCCGUUGCCAAACACAGGGAAUGCCUUGCUUGGCUCAGACCAGACACCCUCCAUCUCGCUCAGCAGCCAAUCAGAGGCAAAAGACAGUGAAGGAAACCCACCUGCCCCCCCAUCCCUUGGCCUGCCAUCUUCCCUCUUUCAGCCCAAUUGUGCCCCUGCAAUAGCCUUCCAAAGCAUUGUCACAAUCCUCCCCCUGUUGAGGGCCCACUCCUACCUUUGGACUGGCCCCAGGAGGAGCCCCCUCCUCGGCCCCCCAUUACCCACUCCAAGACACCGGUCAGUGAUGCCCAGGGUGGUGACCAAGUCCCUGUCCCUCAACUCUCCUGGGAUUUCCUCUUCUGGCUUGCUGCCAGCCUGUGUGGAAAGUGACCUUCUAUGCCCCCCCCCAAAUGCCUUGCAAACCCUGCGCAUUUUAGCCUCCCAAGUGGUCUGGCAGAUGCUUCAGCACACCAGAGCCUGCUCUUAGUCUUCCUGAGAGUGGCAGGAGAUGGAGGGGCAGUUGGUGGCGAUGGGGCCACAGACCCUCUCUUCCUCCCCAGCAGCCAUGGGCAAGGGGGGUUGUUGGCCAGCCCCACGGCCACCUGCCAUUUUGAAAGCUCGGCUGGUCUCAGCCUUGCAGAUGCUCUGUGUGGGGCUGAGCCAGGGCUUUCCGGGGGCGCCUGCACAGUCUCUGCAUCUCUCACUUCCCCUGUGACAGCCAGGGCUGCUUCCGGUUGUGGAAAUCCCCCUUCGGUUGUGCAGCAUGGUGAGAAAAGGGGGCUGGGUAGGAGAAGGGGGGCCGAGCUCUUCUGCCUGCAGGGUCUGCUGAAGAGAGGCCAUGAAGCUCCCGGAACCAUCUUCUGCUUGUCAGAGGAGCUGGAGCUCUGCCAGAGCUCCGUUGUCAGGCUUGCUGGGGGGGCCCAACACCGCCUCCCGCUCUGCCUGGACCUCGGAGGCUCCCCUGGUUUCUGCCUCUUCUCCAGGUGCAAAGCUUCUGCUCUUGCAGUUCAGGGAAAACAGCCUCUGGCUGCUGGGGUUCCAGCUUGGGCUAAAAGAGAGGGAUUUGUCCCAGCCUGCGGGACGUCCCCCCACCACCCCAAGAUUGUUAUUAAUAAGAACAAAGGAGGGCGGUGUACAAUAUAAAAACUCAAAAACAUGUACCAUAGUAGCAAGCGAAAGCAAUGCACACACACACACACACAGUUUAAAAGGCUGUCGAUUGCUCCCUGUAGCCAAUGAAUAAUGCUUCCAAUUACCAGUUCCUGGGUCCCACAGGAGGGGAGAGGGUUCUUCUGCUCGAAUCCUGCUUGCGAGUUUGUGGGUAUCUGGUUGGCCACUGUGAGAGCAAGAUGCUGGUCGGAUCCCUUUGGUCCAGCAGGCUCUCCUUGUGGUCUUAAAGUGGGGCUUGGACACGAACCCUCUUUCCAAGGCACACUUCGCUUGCUGCCGUCCCGUCGGCCGGGGCCUCCUUUGCAGCCGCUCCCCAAGGGCUCCCGCUGUCCCUGUGGGGUGGCUGCCUCCGCCAUCCGGGGCUGCAGGCCUCACAGCUGCAGUGCAAAGGCCUCCAUGCCUUACUGUGGCUCAAAGUGGGGUCCCAGAAGGCUGUGGCUGGUGGGCUCCAGCCGGGGGGGCAAGAUUGGUUUAUGGUGUUGGCGGCCAGGCCAGCUGGCCAUUAUGACCCCCGUCCUCCUGCUCCUUGCAUUCCAUUUCUCACACCAACAGCAACUAGUUUUUCCUUAACCUCUGCAGGAGCACCUCUGGGGCCACAGAGCUGGGCCUGCAGCUCCUGGAAGCAACAGGGGAAAUUGCAGAGCCCAACCCCCUGUAAUGCCCGUCAUGAGGCUCGAACCCACGGCCCUGAGCUAUCCCAGGGAAGGUGCAAAGUGGGCAAAGGGAAGGAGGGGCUGGUUGUGCUUUCAUUCCAGCUGGGUCAGAAGCUCUCCCAAUUCUCUUGCUUCUGGGAAUCAACAACAGAGCUGCUUUUUUGUGGGGGGGGGGAGGGUCAGCUGCCUGUUCAUAUCUUCCCACAUCACGUCCCCCCAGAACUGCAGUUGGACUCUGUCUCAAAUGGCAUCUGUUGCCCCUGAAUCUGACCUUCCCUCAGAACAAGCAUCCAUGUGCAAAGUUACAUCCUGGAUAUUUUUUUACGAAGCAGGGGUGGCAAAUUGCCAGCCCCCUCCCAAGCCCCUGGUGAUGGUGGGCUUGGGUGGGCUCCUGGGGGAGAAAGGCACCGCCUUGCAGAUGCCUUCUGCAUUUUCAAAGUCACCCAGCAGCAAGGCGGAGAAGGCCUUGGCAGGCAGACUUGGCACCUGUGCCAGCCCCAAGCCCCUGGUGGCAGUGUGCCCUUCGCCCAGGGGCUUUUGUCACGGUGAGUUGAGGCCUGGGGAGCUUAGCCAAGUGCAAACAGGUGUGGGGAAGGUGACCGUAAAGGAAGUCGAGGCAGCGGGAGCUUUAGAGGGCAGCGACUGUGCCAGGGCUCUGGGGCUGGGGUGGUUGAGAGGGGCUGCUAGCCAACCCCCAGGCCUGUGCUCUGCAGAUAUCUGGCUAGUGAAAAGGAACGGUCUCAUUUUGCAACGGCCUCUGGAUAUUAGUUGCUGGAAAUCACAGGUGGGGAGAGGACAGCCGCUGUGCUCUGGUCCUGCUUGUGGGCAUCAGGUUGGCCACCACGAGGGCCUGGGACAUGGUGACGAUGUUGGAGGGGAGAAUGUGGCUGGGUGUUUCUGUGGAGCUACAGGAGAGGCAGAAGGAGGGAGGCCAGAGGAGAUGGAGUUUCCUCCCAGGUGGGAAGCGGAGGUGAAUCAGCUGGAUGCCAAGUGGGGGCCAUGAUAAGCAGACAGUGAUCAGGGGGGGGGGCAGGCCCCUGACGCUUAGGGCGGGCAUGUGCCUGAUCUCAGGUGCUGCUUGCCACACUGGGUAGCCGGAGCUCGUGCCAUGCCGCUGGGGUAGCAGGAUGGGCUCCCCUGAGUUAGCCAGGCUGUGAGGGAGGGCUGGGCUGGGCAGCGGCAUGGGGGGGAUCUGUGCCCUCCCAGAGCCCGGAGUCCUGGCACCUGCUUCCUGGCAGGACCUCAGGUGUGAGCACAUUGGAGAGGCCAUGUGGGGUCUGUGUUUUCCAGCCCAGGCUAGAUCUCAAGCGAUCACUAGGACUGCAACGGACACUUCCUUGCCCGCUGUGGAGCACCCCCGAAUCUGGCUGGGUGCUAGUUGAAGGCCAGUGUGAGGACCCUUGUAAGAAUUCCAGUUUACAACCACUUCCCCGCUUCUCAUGUCCCUGUGUCUGCCUGUGUGUGCGUGGGAGCACACACUUGAAUGUAUGAAUGUGAAUCCUGGGCAUGAGUGUUUUCGUUUUACAAAAAAGAAAAAGAAAAAAAAGGUUGAAAUACCUGGGAGAUUCUGUACAUGUUGGGGACACGUCUAAUUGCAAGCUGUAAACUGGAAGCCACGUUCUCUCAUCUGCCAAAUAUUUAAUAAAACCAGUCCCGUCCAUCUCA